GUAUAUUUGUAAUUGUGCAUAUAUGUGUACGUAUAUAAAUGUUUACUUUCUGUGAGCACUCACCUAUGAGUAUGAAACAUAUUGAAAAUCCUUAAAAACGACUCAUACUAAAAAAUUAUCAAGUGUUGUGGUAUAUUUCUUGGCAGGAACGAACAUUUAUUUCUCUACAAUUAAUAUUACAGCGUAUAAUAGACAAAUACACAUUUUGUGCAUUAUAUCUUAGUCUAUAACAUAAACGUAUAUACAUAUACUAAAUAUAAUACCAUUUAAACAUUGAUAAACUGGACUAUUAUUUAUUUAAUAUAUUGUAAAAUAUUUAUUAUACUAUUUAAUAUUCAACGAAAUAAUUCAAUUUUCAAGAAAAUCAGCUCAUCAUGAAUGAAUCUUUUGAUGAUCAAGAUACAGAAUUCACGUAUGAAAUACCGGAUUGUUUAAUGGAUGGAGACUAUAUUGAAAUUCAUGGAGUUUGUCAUGGUAAACGAAUAGUAUUUGAAUUAUUAACAGAAGAGGCAUCUACUCAAAAUAUAUUUGAUAAAUUACCUUUACAAAUCAUUUUAACAACAGAUGGCUUAGUAACCGUAAUUAGUCGUAAUCCAGAAAAGGUAGCAAAACAAGAACGUUCUGUGGAAAAUGGCAUACAAAUUGAUAAAGCUUUCGAAUUAUGCGUACAUGCUUAUAAGAAAUGUUAUAUUGUUAAAUUAAACGGGGAGGACGUUUGUGGUCAAGAUCAUCUUGUACCAUUGAAUGAAGCGUUUGCUUUAUCAAUGCAAGGAAAAGUUGAUAUAUUAUCCCUUGAAUUUAAAGACAUGUAUUAUGAUGAAGAGGAAAUGAAUAAUAAUACAAACAUGUCUUCUGCUAACAAUAACAGUAAUAGCAUUAGAAUGGAUGAUGCUCAAGCAGGCUUUGUACGUGUCAAUGAGUUAAGACAAAGUUCCAUACGCAGGAAUGAUCCGCCAGUAAUGGUACCAACAAGAACAGGUUCCAAAUUGGAGAAACAAUCAAUAAAAAGUAAAGAUAGUAAUCUAGAAGUUACUGCUUGGAAAACGUCAAAUGAUUUAUCUAAAGCAUAUUUAGACGUUGAUUACAAAGUAUCUACAUUAGAUCGAAAUUCUGCAGCCCAUUCAUAUCGUAAUAGUAUUGAUUUUAGUCACAAUUCAGACUCAAGAAUCUCUGGAACAUUACCACCUCUAGGCAAGUCAGCUAAUGACAGAGUAUCAGAUUACGUAAUGGGAAGUCGAGGUAACCUUAAUACGAAUGAUACGUCACAUAUAAAAUCGAAAACAUCUAUUUUUGGUUCUCGAAAAUCUGCUACCUUAAGUAAUAGUAAAAUUGAACAACGUUUUAACGAAGGCAGAAGUCAGACAGAUGCAGGCGAUUUACACCAUGGAAGCUAUUCUGUAUUGGAUGACGAAGAUCACAUAGGAUCUCAACUUUCUGCUACAACAUCAACACCUAACUUGCAAGACAAACAUAAGAAAAAACGAUUCAGUUUACUUGGAAAGAACAGAAAAUCAACAGGCUCUGAGUCAGAUGUACGUAAUGACUCUAAGAAAUCCAAAGGAUCUACUCCAGACAUAAGGUCGAAAGAUGGCGAAGGCGAGAAAAAGAAGAAGGGUUUACAUUUAAAAAAUCCUUUUAAACGUUCGAAAACUAAAGAUCUAACACCUUCAUCAGAUCUUGCUUUUACUAGGAGCACUAUUAAUCCGGCAAUUAAUGUAGCUGUCACUGAACGAUUACCGAAAGAAAUGUCUAAAAAACCAGCACCUGAAAUUGCGGCUUAUCUUCAUAAGUCCAAUCCAUCGGCUGAAUUUGAUACACUCAAUUUAACUGGUCGUGAAACACUGUGUGAAGAUACUCAUUUUGCACCUUUUGAUAGGAAACAUUAUGAUGGAUAUGAAAAUGUUGGUGGUACUUAUGAUCCAUUCAAACACAAGACGUUGGGUGACCCAAGAAAAUCCAUUGAGAUUUCAUCUCUAAGUGAUUUGCACUCACAAGGUAAACUUAAAGGACCAGCUCCAGAAUUAGCAGCUUUAAUUCACUCGAGGCAUCCUACUUCAAAUCUAGAAGAUAUAACGAUUGCUCAAGGUUCAGGCUCACAUAUAAGACCAUUCACACCAACAGACCAAUCACCGAAGCCACCAAGACAUCAUAAUGAAUCUCUCUCUGAUAUUGCAAAUUUAAAAUUAAAAGGUACAGCUCCUGAAAUAGCGGCGAUAAUACACUCAAGAACUAAAAGUCCUAACCAUGAAGAUAUAACUCUUACUCAGAGCUGUGGUCAAAACUUCGUUCCGUAUCCUACGGUAGAUACGUCAGGAAAAAAACCUUUUAAGCCGAGUGGAAGUGCAUCAGAGAUAGCUGCCGAUAUACACAAAAAUAAUUUAGCAGACCAUCUACCUUAUGCAGAUUAUACCUUAACUGGUACUAAUAACAAUGAAAUACAAGGAAUAAAAUAUGGACUAAAAGAAAAAGUGCAAUCUUCACGUAAAGCUCUUUCUUUGAGUGAACAUAUAUCAGAUGGUGAGGAAACAGAGAGUGGAGGCAGUGAAGUGUAUACUGACAAUGAAUGUUACUUAGAAGUAGGUAAAAGUGAAUAUUAUUUUGAUCGUAAACGUUCCCUGAGAAAUUAUCGUUCUAAACGAUCGACGAAAUUGGAACGUGAAGCUAGACGUAAUAUGGGGUUAAAUAGAAAUGACAGUCAAGAAUCAGUUAGUAGCAGUAUCUCAUCGCUUAAACCAACUGAUCGAAAAUUGACCCCAAAAUAUAGAAAACGUCCAGGUACUAAAAAGGAAGAAGUUUCAUCUUGGUUGAACAGCUCUAAUUCACCCUAUAAUCCAAUCCGUAUAGAUGGGAAUGUAUAUCCGAGUUAUACAUCAAAUGUUUACGCUUCAGCUCCUAUCAUUCAUAAACCUUUAAUUCAAAACUAUUUAUUAAAAGAUAUUAUUCAGUCAAUAAAAUGUGACAUCAGUAUGGAUUUACCACAUCCUCUAACAAUUGGACGAAGUGCAUUAAUUUAUGGUCAUUUCAAGUACAAUUCAGCUGUACGCCAAUCCUGUUUAAUAAAACUUGAGUUUAACACCUGUGAAGAAGCUAAUGAAUGUGAAACACUUUAUCUUCGAUUAUGGUCUGAUGGUGGUCUAGAUAUUUUGAAUAGCCAAUCUAUUAAUAGCAAAGUUCCAUACAAUUCUUCAAAUGAUAUUCAAUAUUUAACACUAAAAGAUAAUAAAGUUUGCAAUAAUGAUAAGCAACAAGUAAAUUUCACCCUGAAAUUCAUAUCUCAAAGCUUCUAUACUGCUAUUACUUCAAAUGAUCUGUUUACAUUAAUUUUGAAAAAUCAAUUCCUGAAAUCUAAUAAUUAUCACUUGACAUCAUUUAAACUUGAAGAUUCAACAAAUGCCAAGUUGGAUAAAUUUUUUAUGCCAAGGAAUUUAUGUUUACCACUUAUUCUUCAUAUGAAAGAUGAGUCCAGUCAAACAAACACAUUAAAUCUUUUGACAAAACUAACUGCUGAUACCAAAAGAGUCAUCAUCGAAUAUGUUUAUAAACCUAUCAGUAGCUCUAAUUUCAUCUCUAUGCAAAUCCUAUUGAAUUUUGAAACAAGUUACCUAAUAUUGCAAGAGAUCGCAAAAGAAACACAUAAUAUUCAAUAUGCUGAAAAAGAGAUAACAUAUAUUCCUGAACAGAUAUGUAAAAUGAAAUUCAGUUGGUACAAUAACACACUAAAGGUACUUCUUAAUAGUGAUGAAUCAAUGAUGUACAAUUUUGGAAAGUAUUAUUCUCUUCAAUUCUUAUCACAUAUUCGAAUCAAUGGAGAUUUUAUGCUUUUAAAUGCAGAACUUCAAUCGGAUGAAUAAUAUAAUUUAUCUAGCCAUGGUAUUUACAAUACAUGUAUGUCUCCUAGCAUAAAUGAAUGCAAAUGCGAUAUAUAUAUAUACAUAAAUAAUGGAUGAUUCGUGACGUUUUAACCAUGACUGAUACAACUAACAUCGUAAAAAAAUAAAGUGUAUUUUCCUUACCAAUUAAUUACUCUAUUCUACUUUCUUUUCUUUUAGAAUAUUUCAAAAUAAAAUUUGUUAAACAUUAUUUUAUAGUUGAAGUAUUCUCUUAUUGAUGUGUGUUAAUUGAUAUACAAAUGUGUCUUAUUUAUUAUUCUUCAUUAUUAUUAUUACUUUUAAUGACAACACACUCAAAUCCUUAAUUUCUAGAAGGUUCCUGUUUUCCUUUUUCAUACAAAUUGAUAUAAUUUUUCAUUAAUAAUUUAUUCAGUAAAUUUAUUGAUUAUAAAUUUAUAUCUUGAAUAUUUAUUGAUUUAUCAUAUUAUUCAAUCUAUACUGUGAUUGAUUUAAAAGAAAUAUUGUAAAAGAUCUGCUCAUUAUUCUAUCGUAUUAAUAGUUGACCGGUAUUACCUAUACAUUUUAAUAUUUGUAUUCAUUCGAUAAAUAAAGUAAACAAAAGUAUUUAGAUCAUAAUAAUAAUAAUGAGCUUUAUUUAGUAUAGUUUAAAUGUUUUCGUUUAUUUUAUUAUUAUAGUUGUAGGUAAAUUUUUUAAAAAAACAACGUGUUGUUUUCCUUUGAUUUACUUCACUUUCUAGUGUUAAUGAUUUAAAUUUCCUUUUAUUUAUUGUUAUCCACUUUAAAUUUCAACUUAUGGUUGUUUUCAUUUCUACCAUUUGUGAAAUGAGUAAAUUACAUUUUACACAUUUAAAAAUACAAUAAUAGAAUGUGAAGAGCAAACACAGUAGUUGUUAUGCAAAAACGAAAAUAAAUUUUUAAAAGAAAUGAUAAUAAUGAGUGCUUAGAUAUAAUUUGGAAAGAAUGCUUUUGGGACAGUUAGCAAACAUGAUAAGAUAAUAUUUCUAAAUAUUCUCUUUUAACUACUAAUAUUAAAGGCUGGUAAUAUUUAAUUUGAUAUAUACAAGAUUAUAUUGAACAGUUAAUAUGUCUGUAUGGAUAAUUAAUAUCGGUAUGAAAUUGGUUUGUGUUGAAUUACUAUUUCUGUGUUGAUUAAUUCAUGUUGAUGUAUUAUACUCAGUUAGUAAUUAUAUUGUAGCACUUCUUUUUCUAUUGUAUUUUAUUCGAAAAUAAAAACAAUUCAUAAAAUAUACUUAUAGAUAGAAUCAUUAA